AUGACACACGAUAGGCGUGUAUCUCAACGCCAGCCUAGGGCUUGUCUGGAAUGCACGCGACGCAAAACACGAUGUGACAAAGCUAUUCCCUGCGGGCGCUGCGUACGCCUCUCAAAGCCCUGCUCUCGCGAGGUUGUUCGUGUCAGCAAAAUCGAGAGAAAUCAUCGGUCUGAACUCACAUUUCUAAAUGAGCUGGCCGAUAAUCUGAAGACGUCCCGAGACAUCGAAACUGCCUUGGCCGCUAUUCGCGAGCGCAGGUCACUGUUGUUACAGGGAACCGGCCUCGAGAUGGUCGACAACAGUCCACCAUCCUGGUCAGCACGCAUCGAGCAUGAUGAGCUGCCUCGUGACGAGGUUGCUACUAGUGCUAUUCCUUCGGAGGCAUUACCCGAGCUUGUGCAGCCACUUGGCGAGGGUACCUGGGAACACAACGGUGACAUGGCGCCAGAUUCUCUGUUGACUCAAAGCAGAGAUUCCAGCAGACACGAACAUGCAGUUGAGUUUCUAAGGAUCGAAUUGCUCGCAUGGGGUAGAAGCGGUGGAAGCUGCUUUCCUCAUAUCGACUGCCAAUGUCGCUCCGUGAGGCCAUACCCAGAGAUCGCCAGCAUCACAGCCGACCCUCAUUGGUCCGGGUACAGACAUGUCCAACCUGACCUGGCCCGGAAGCCGAGCUCUCUAACAAAGGGACUCGCAAGGUCACUAGUUGGAUUUCAUUUGGACAAUAUCCUUUGGCAUCACAAUGUUUUCCACGCUCCUACGUUCCUGUCGCAAUGUGAACAAUUUUGGACAGCGGGUACUGUCGUUCACUCGCUUUGGCUUUCACUUUACUAUGCUGUGACUGCAGUCUCGUCGUGGACAGCUCUCAAUUGCGCUGGCUUAUGGACUGGCUCAACUUUUGAUCCUGAUCUGCCACUGCAGUUGUUCCGUGCCAUGGUGGACCAACUGUAUCAUGAAGACUUUGCCGAAAAUCACUCAACUCCCGAAGCCGUGAAUACUAAGAUUCUCACAGUAUUUUCAUUACAGGCCAUCAUACUGUCCACACGCGUGGCACAUAAUCUUGGCCGCAGUGACUGGAAUGCUACGCUUCUUGGAGCUGCUAUACGUAUAGCUCAUUGCAUGGGUCUUCACAGCAUACGAAACUCAACUGAAAACCCUGCAGUCACCACGCCGGUGGGUUGGUUUCGGUGCAUUGAGACUGAGGUUGGCCGACGAUGCUGGAAUCAGCUGGUUAUCCAGGACUAUUUCCAGGUUCCUUUUACGGAAACUUACGCUAUUCAUCCAUCUCAAUUCACCACAGAGCUACCGAUAAAUUGUCACGACGAAGACAUGAUGCCCAAGAAUGAAACAUCGUUGACUAUCAACAGCUAUCCACGGGCAAUGGUUCAGGUGGCUCUACUCAUGCCAAAGCUUCUUGACUCCCUAAACUCGAAUCUGCCUCGACGUUCUUUGGCUGAGACGUAUAAAGUCGUCACAGCAAGCUACUCCGCACUCCGUGAUAUUGUGCGGCGCCUGCCACCAUAUUUCAUGCAGACCCCUGAGCCGCAAAGUGGUACUGACGAAUAUAUGCCCCCAUGGCUACCCUUUGCUAGACGUAGUCUCGCUCUCAGCACCGCUGACAAGGUCAUCAUGAUUCAUCGUCCAGUUCUAUAUCAUGCUUUCCAAGUACCGGCAUUAACAAAGGCGCGAAAGUCAUGCGUGGCAGCGGCCAAGACGAUAUUCAAGGAAUACGAGUCUAUUUCACAAGAGGGGGUCAUUCCCAUUUGGACACAUUCAGCUUUUUGCGUUACAGCUACCAUUGUAAUUGGGUUAGAGCUGUUGUUCCGCGAGGCUCAUACAGACAAUGAGGCAAUCUCUCUGCGCUCCAUCAUGAACCGUACCGCUCAAAGUCUCCGGAGCAGACAAAGUGAUAUACUAGCCGCUCGAUGUGCUGCUCUGAUCGAAACCAUCCUGCUGAUUGAGGAGGAACUUGUUCUCAGCCUCAUGCGCUCAUCGUUCGAUGGAAGCACGACGCAACUGCGUUCGGUACAGAUAUGA